AUGCAAAACUUGUAUCCGUCAGAAUCUAAUUCAUUACUUGAAUUAUGUUGUUAUCAUGGAUCUGUUCGGUGUUUUAAGUUGUUACUAUCAAAAUUCCAUUGCGAUAUCACCGAAAAAUGUCCUUCCUAUUCAUUCUUGAGUGGAAACGCAGAUAUUAUGAACGAAUGUUUGAAAGAACAAGAUCCAGAUGAUAGCUGCAUGGAAUAUGCAAUUAUCGCGCAUAACAUCGAUUUUAUUAGUUUUUUGAUGAAUGAGUUCGAAUUAAAAAUCGAUUUGACCUAUUGUGUAUAUUUCAAUAAUUUUCCAGCACCGUUAGUUUAUUUGGAUCAAACAAAAGACAUCAACAGUUUCUUUAUAGCUUCAAUAUUAUUGGACAUUCCAAUGAUUUAUAAAUUUUUCCUUUCAGUUGGUAUUGAUGUUAAUGUACAAGCUAAAAUUGGAACAACUGCACUCCAAGCUGCAAUAUCUAUCCAUAACAUCGCUGCUAUAAAAUUUCUAAUUUCACACGGUGCAGAUGUCAAUUUAAAAAAUAAACAAGGAACUGCACCUAUUCAUUUGGCUGCGCAAAUUAAUAGCAAUGGUAUUGUUGAACUUCUUAUAAGAAAUGGUGCAGAAAUUAAUGCAAAAGAUGAAAAUGGAAAUACUGCUCUUCAUAUUGCAGCCUUUUGUUUUGGCCAUCAUGUAGCAAAAUUACUUAUUUCUCAUGGAGCUGAAAUUAAUGCAAAAAAUUAUGAUGAGUAUACCCCGCUUCACUUUGCUGCUGAGAAGAAUAACAAAGAUAUAGCUGAACUUCUUGUUUUGCAUGGUGCAUUUAUUAAUGCACGUGAAAAUCAUGGAUCGACUCCUCUUCAUAUUGCUGCAUUAAAUAAUUGCAAAGAAACUGCAGAACGUCUCAUUUCACAUGGGGCAGAUGUCAACGCAAAAAAUGAUGAUAAAUCUACUCCUGUUCAUUCUGCUGCAGAAUUUUACAAAAGUAAAGAUAUAGUAGAGCUUCUUGUUUCACACGGAGCAUUAAUUAAUGCGAAUGAUAUUAAUAGAUCCACUCCUCUUCAUAUUGCUGCAUUAAAUAAUAGCAAAGAAACUGCAGAACUUCUUAUUUUGCAUGGGGCCAAUAUUUAUGCAGAAGAUAAUUCUGGUUUAACUCCGCUUUCUAACGCAAUAUGGAAAAACUGCAAACCUAUAAUAGAUCUCAUUUUUCAAAUGUUUCUGAUUUUAAUGAGAAAAUAA